UAAAAAAAAAAUAUAUGGAUGUGGGUUAUCUUGAUACUAAAUGGUAUAUACUAAAUUUUGUGAACUUGUAUAAUUAUUAAUAUUUAUGUCAUAGUAAGGUUUUCUAGUUAAAAGUAGAUUUUAAGUCAGAUUUUUCAAUACUUGCUUCAGUACUUUUAAUUUGUUUUUGUCUCUCUUCAUAGUUUGAUGCUGCAAAAUUAAGAAAGCUAAGACCAAGUUUCAUGCAGAACGAGGGCUCUGUUACUGCUGGCAAUGCUUCAAUCAUAAGUGAUGGUGCAGCUGCAUUAGUCCUAGUGAGUGGAGAGAAGGCACUUCAACUUGGAUUGCAAGUAAUUGCAAAGAUUAAGGGCUAUGCUGAUGCAGCUCAAGCACCUGAAUUCUUUACAACUGCUCCAGCCCUUGUCAUACCAAAAUCUAUUUCAAAUGCUGGUUUAGAUGCUUCUCAGAUUGAUUACUAUGAAAUAAAUGAAGCGUUUUCUGAAAGCCUUAACGUACAUGGUGGGGUUGUAUCAUUGGGACACCCAUUAGGAUGUAGUGGAGCUCGUAUCUUGAUCACAUUGUUAGGGAACAAUAUAUUCACAGCUAGAUCAGCUUCUAUCAGGGAGUAA